UUCCACCACCACCUCCUCCCCCCCCCCCAAUCCCUCGUCCAUUUUCGUCGACGACAGCGGGGGUCCCUGGAGACGGAGUUCUAUAGGCAAACCAUCUGAGAACUGCUUGGAGGGGAGGGCAAAGUGACUGUUACCGAUUUUCCGAAGCCUUUCUCCUCAUGUGAGGUUGGCUUCUCCCCGGGUCGACCAAACCAUAGCGAGACCACCCACUCACCCCACCCCCCUUUCCCUACCCCGCCGGGGAGCUCCGUGCGAUCGAGCUGGGGCCGGUCCGAGGACGAUUCCCAUGCAACGCUUGUCCGUGCAUCGCUUGGCUCCGUGCAUUAUGUCUCCUGUCGGGCUGUCCUUGCUGCUGCUGCUGCUAGCAAGCGCGGUGCGAGGGGCGUCGCAAGAUCUUUCGUCCACCCGCGCGGCCGAAGCACAGAAAACCUGCAGUCCCAAACAGUUUGUGUGCAAGGACGGGAUAACCUGUAUAUCAAAAGGCUGGAGGUGCGAUGGAGAGAAAGACUGUCCAGACGGAUCAGAUGAAACGGCAGACGUCUGUCCACACCAGUCUGCCUUCAAGUGUGCUGUGAAUGAAUACCAGUGUCUUGGGACGGAACUCUGUAUCCCGAUGAGUAAGCUGUGUGAUGGAGUUCGAGACUGCUCGGAUGGUUAUGAUGAAGGACCUCAUUGCAGAGAAGGUGCAGAGAACUGCACCCGGCUCGGUUGCCAGCACCGAUGUGCUGUUACCCACGCCGGAGCAGUCUGUUACUGCAACACCUCAUACGCCUUGGCUGAAGAUGGAACAAUCUGCAAGGAUUUUGAUGAAUGUACUAUCUACGGGACCUGCAGUCAGACUUGUACCAACACAGAGGGCUCCUACACAUGCAGCUGUGUGGAAGGGUACCUUCUGCAGCCAGAUAACAAGUCGUGUAAGGCAAAAAAUGAACCAGUGGACCGGCCGCCAAUCCUUCUCAUCGCCAACUCCCAGACCAUCAUCGCCAGCAACCUUCAGGGGGUCAGCAUCAGCUUCGUCAACCCUGUUAGGACCAAGCAGACCACAGCCAUGGACUUCAUCUACGCCAAGGAGACCGUGUGCUGGGUCCACGUGGGAGACACGGCCUCUGAGUCUCGACUCAAGUGCGCCAAAAUCACCAACCUCAAAGGUUUCUCAGAGGAGAGGACCAUCAACAUCACUCUCAGCGUCCACCAUGUGGAGCAGAUGGCCAUCGACUGGCUGACAGGCAACUUCUACUUUGUGGAUGAUGUGGACGACCGUAUCUUUGUCUGCAACCAGAACGGUGACACCUGUGUCAUCCUGCUCGACGUGGAGCUCUACAACCCCAAGAGCAUUGCCCUUGACCCAACCAUGGGGAAGGUGUUCUUCACGGACUAUGGGCAGAUUCCCAAGGUGGAACGCUGUGACAUGGAUGGCCAGAACAGAACCAAGAUUGUGGACAGCAAGAUCGUCUUCCCUCACGGGAUCACUCUAGACCUGGUGACUAAGCUGGUGUACUGGGCUGAUGCCUACCUGGACUACAUAGAGGUUGUGGACUACGAGGGCAAAAAUAGACAUGCCAUUAUCCAAGGGCAGUUCAUUGAGCACCUCUACGGUUUGACAGUGUUUGAGAACUACAUGUAUGCCACAAACUCAGACAGCGCCAAUGAGCGGCAGAAGACCAGCGUGGUCAGGGUCAACCGUUUCAACAGCACUGACCUGCAGGUUGUCACCCGGGUGGAUAAAGGAGGAGCUCUGCACGUCUACCAUCAGCGACGGCAGCCCACCAUGCGGAGCCACGCCUGUGAGCCGGACCAAUUCAACAAGCCGGGUGGCUGCUCGGACAUCUGCCUACUGGGGAACAGCCACAAGUCGCGGACCUGUCGAUGUCGCUCCGGAUUCAGCCUGGGUAGUGAUGGCAAGUCCUGUAAAAAGCCAGACCACGAGCUGUUCCUCGUCUAUGGAAAGGGACGGCCAGGUAUCAUCAGAGGCAUGUACAUGAAUGACAAGGUUCCGGAUGAGUACAUGAUCCCCAUUGAGAACCUGAUCAACCCUCGGGCUCUGGACUUCCAUGCAGAAACUGGCUACAUCUACUUCGCGGACACCACCAGCUACCUCAUUGGCCGGCAGAAGAUCGACGGGACAGACCGGGAGACCAUCCUGAAAUCUGGACUGAACAAUGUGGAGGGACUAGCUGUGGACUGGAUGGCAGACAACUUGUACUGGACCGAUGAUGGCCCAAAGAAGACCAUCAGUGUGGCUCGGCUGGAGAAGGCCUCCCAGACUAGGAAGACCCUGAUUGAGGGCAAGAUGACCCAUCCGCGUGCCAUCGUGGUUGACCCCCUGCAUGGGUGGAUGUACUGGACGGACUGGGAAGAGGAUCCAAAGGACACCAAGCGGGGGAAGAUUGAGCGUGCGUGGAUGGAUGGCACCAACCGCAAUGUCUUCGUCACCUCCAAAACCAUCCUGUGGCCCAAUGGCCUCAGCCUGGACGCUGUGAACGGCAUCCUAUACUGGUGUGAGGCUUACUACGAUCGCAUUGAGAGGAUCUUCCUCAAUGGCACUGACAGGAGGGUGGUAUAUGAGCGAGGGGAGCUGAGCCACCCCUUUGGGUUCACCCACUAUGGCAGCUACCUUUUCUGGACGGAAUAUCGGAGCGGCAAGAUAUACCGGUAUGACCAGGUGUCCAAGACGGUGACGCUUCUGAGGAGCGAGCGCCCUCCAACAUUCGAGAUCCGCAUGUAUGAUGCAGAGCAGCAGGAAGGUUCGAAUGCCUGUCGUGUCAACAAUGGGGGAUGCAGCAGUCUCUGCCUGGCCAAUCCAGAGGGGAGAUCGUGUGCUUGUGCUGAGGACCAGAUCCUGGACACUGACAACGUCACCUGCAAAGCGAACCCUUCCUAUGUCCCUCCUCCCCUCUGUCAGCCAGGGGAGUUCGCCUGCAAGAACGGCCGGUGUAUCCAGGAGCGCUGGAAGUGCGAUGGGGAUAAUGACUGCCUGGACAACAGCGAUGAAGUCCCUGAGAUCUGCCACCAACACACCUGCCCGUCUGACCGGUUCAAAUGCCAGAACAACAGGUGCAUCCCGAUAAGGUGGCUCUGUGAUGGAGACAAUGACUGUGGUCACAGUGAAGAUGAGUCUAAUGCCACGUGUUCAGCACGAACUUGCCCCCCAAAUCAGUUCUCCUGUGCUAAUGGACGCUGUAUUCCGAAUUCUUGGACAUGCGACCUGGAUGAUGAUUGCGGGGAUCGGUCGGACGAGCCAGCUUCUUGCGCCUACCCUACCUGCUUUCCACUGACACAGUUCACCUGCAACAACGGACGCUGUAUUAAUAUCAACUGGCGCUGUGAUGCUGACAAUGACUGCGGAGACGGCAGUGACGAGGCGGGUUGUACUCAUUCCUGCUCCAGCGCCCAGUUCAAGUGCAACAGUGGUCGCUGCAUUCCCGGGCACUGGACCUGUGACGCUGAUAAUGACUGCGGCGACUACAGCGAUGAAACUCAUGCCAACUGCACCAACCAAGCCACCCGACCGCCCGGAGGUUGCCAUGGUGACGAAUUCCAGUGCCAGAUGGACGGUCUGUGCAUCCCCAUGCGCUGGCGCUGUGACGGGGACACAGACUGCGUGGACUCCAGUGACGAACGCAGUUGUGAGGGCGUCACCCACAUGUGUGACCCCACAAUCAAGUUUGGCUGCAAGGAUACUGGCCGCUGCAUCAGCAAGACCUGGGUGUGCGACGGUGACAAUGACUGCGAGGACAGCUCCGAUGAAGAAAACUGCGAGGCCCUUGUCUGCAAGCCCCCCUCCCACUCCUGUGCCAAGAACACCUCUGUCUGCCUCCCUCCAGAGCAACUGUGUGAUGGGAAGGAUGAUUGCGCUGAUGGCUCGGAUGAAGGGGAGCUCUGUGACCAGUGCUCCUUGAACAAUGGGGGCUGCAGCCACAACUGUACGGUUGCCCCCGGGGAAGGGAUCGUCUGCUCGUGCCCCCUGGGGAUGGAGCUGGGUGCGGACCGCAAGCAGUGUCAGAUCCAGAGCUAUUGUGCCAAACACCUCAAGUGCAGCCAGCGCUGCGAGCAGUACAAGACCAUUGUCAAGUGCUCCUGCUACCAGGGAUGGGCGCUGAUGCCUGAUGGCAAGAGUUGUGCCAGCAAUGAUCCUUUCAAGCCGUUUAUCAUCUUUUCCAAUCGGCACGAGAUUCGGCGGAUCGACCUUCGUAAGGGUGACUUCAGCGUGCUUGUUCCUGGUUUGAGAAAUACCAUUGCUUUGGACUUUCACCUGAACCAGAGCUCUCUGUACUGGACUGACGUAGUGGAGGAUAAGAUAUACCGGGGGAAGCUCUCUGAGAGUGGAGAUCUGCCCUGGAAGAUGGAUGCACGGUCGGGAGACCAGAGCAUUGCAGGAAAGGGCGUGUCAUCACGAGCUUUGAGCAGCGUGGAGGUGGUGGUUCAGUACGGCCUGGCCACCCCCGAGGGUCUGGCCGUGGACUGGAUUGCAGGCAACAUCUACUGGGUGGAGAGCAACCUGGACCAGAUCGAGGUGGCUAAGCUGGACGGCUCAAUGCGCACCACCCUCAUUGCCGGCGACAUUGAGCACCCCCGGGCCAUUGCUUUGGAUCCCCGGGAUGGGAUACUGUUCUGGACGGACUGGGAUGCAAGUCAACCUCGGAUAGAAGCGGCCUCCAUGAGUGGUGUGGGGCGACGGACGAUUCAUCGGGAGCUGGGGGCUGGGGGAUGGCCAAACGGGUUGACAGUCGAUUACCUGGAACGGCGUAUCCUCUGGAUUGAUGCCAGGUCCGACGCGAUCUACUCAGCCCUCUAUGAUGGGAGUAGGCUGAUCGAGGUUCUGCGGGGCCAUGAGUACCUCUCCCACCCCUUUGCUGUCACCCUGUAUGGGGGAGAGGUUUAUUGGACAGACUGGCGAACUAACACCCUGGCCAAGGCCAACAAGUGGACUGGACACAAUGUGACAGUCGUGCAGCGGACGAACACUCAGCCCUUUGAUCUCCAGGUUUACCACCCAUCCAGGCAGCCCCAGGCUCCAAACCCAUGUGCAGCCAAUGGGGGAAAGGGACCCUGCUCGCACCUCUGUCUCAUCAACUACAACGCAACACCCUCAUGUGCCUGUCCACACCUGAUGAAGCUGGCAAAGGAUAAGAAGACCUGUUUUGAGUUUAAGAAGUUCCUGUUGUACGCCCGUCAGAUGGAGAUCCGUGGUGUGGACAUCGAGAACCCCUACUACAACUUCAUCAUCUCUUUCACGGUGCCAGACAUCGAUAAUGUCACUGUGGUAGACUACGACGCGGCGGAGAACCGCAUCUACUGGUCUGACGUCCGCACGCAGACCAUCAAACGUGCCUUCAUCAAUGGCACUGGUGUUGAAACUAUCAUCUCUGCAGACCUGCCCAAUGCCCAUGGCCUUGCCAUCGACUGGGUGUCCAGGAACCUUUUCUGGACCAGCUACGGAGUGAACAAGAAGCAGAUCAAUGUGGCACGGCUGGAUGGCAGCUUCAAGAACGCGGUGAUCCAGGGACUCGACAAACCCCACUGCCUCGUCCUGCACCCCUUGCUUGGUAAACUCUUUUGGACAGACGGAGACACCAUCAACGCAGCCCACAUGGAUGGCACCAACAGAACGACUCUGCUAACCAAUCAGAAGAGACCAGUGGGCUUGUCGAUCGACUACAGCGAGCAGAAGCUGUACUGGAUUAGUUCGGAGAAUGGCACCAUUAGUCACUGCAACCUGGAUGGCAGUGGAUUGGUGGUGAUCGACAGUCUGCAGGGUCGUCUGACCAAAGCCACGGCUCUAGCCGUAAUGGGAGAUCGUCUGUGGUGGGCUGACCAGGGCUCAGAACAGAUGGGUACCUGUGCCAAGGACGGGUCUGAUGUUGUAGUUCUACGGAACAGUACCACUCCGGUCAUGCACAUGAAGGUGUACGAUGAAGAGAUACAGACCGGAAGGAACCCCUGCAGCGAUAAGAACGGUGACUGCUCACAGCUCUGCCUGCCGAACUCUCCUACCACCAGGUCCUGCAUGUGUACUGCGGGCUACAGCCUCAGGAGUGGAGAGCGUUCCUGUGAAGGUGUCGGGUCGUUCCUGCUCUACUCUGUCCACGAGGGUAUCCGGGGAAUCCCGCUGGAUCCCAAUGAUAAGUCAGACGCCCUGGUUCCUGUUUCCGGCACCUCGCUGGCCGUUGGCAUCGACUUCCAUGCAGAGAAUGACACCAUCUACUGGGUAGACAUGGGUCUUAGCACCAUCAGCAGAGCCAAACGGGACCAGACCUGGCGGGAAGAUGUGGUCACCAACGGCAUUGGACGGGUUGAAGGCAUUGCUGUCGACUGGAUUGCCGGCAACAUUUACUGGACGGCAGGGUUUGAUGUCAUCGAGGUAGCACGCCUGAACGGCUCGUUCCGAUAUGUGGUGGUGUCCCAAGGGCUGGAUAAGCCUCGUGCCAUAACCGUCCAUCCGAAGAAGGGGUACCUGUUCUGGACGGAGUGGGGCCAGUAUCCCCGGAUCGAGCGGGCGAGGUUGGAUGGGUCAGAGCGUUCAGUCCUGGUCAACACCAGCAUCAGCUGGCCCAAUGGAAUUUCCAUCGAUUACCUGGAGGGUAAACUUUAUUGGUGUGAUGCACGCACAGACAAGAUAGAACGAAUUGACCUGGAGACGGGCAAGAACAGAGAGGCCAUUCUCUCCAGCAACAACAUGGAUAUGUUUGCUGUUUCUGUCUUUGAAGAUUACAUCUACUGGAGCGACAGGACCCACGCCAAUGGAUCCAUCAAGCGUGGUCAGAAGGAUAAUGCGACAGAAUGUGUUUCAUUGAGAACGGGGGUCGGUGUGCAACUAAAAGACGUGAAGGUGUUCAACAGAGAGAGGCAGAAGGGGACCAACAUCUGUGCCCAGAACAACGGUGGCUGCGCGCAGCUUUGCUUGUACCGGGGCAAUGGGCUGCGGACCUGUGCCUGUGCCCAUGGCAUGCUCUCAGAGGAUGGUGCCAACUGCCGAGACUACGACGGCUACCUCCUUUACUCUGAGCGGACCAUCCUGAAGAGCAUCCACCUGUCGGACGAGACUAACCUCAACUCGCCCGUGAAGCCCUUUGAGGACCUGGACUACAUGAAGAACGUCAUCGCCCUAGCAUUUGACUAUGGCCGGGGCCCCAAGGGAGGCAAUCGCAUCUUCUUCAGCGACAUCCACUUUGGCAACAUCCAGCAGGUCAGCGACGAUGGCUCAGGGAGGAAGACCAUCGUGGACAAUGUGGGCUCGGUGGAGGGUCUGGCCUACCAUCGGGCCUGGGACACACUGUACUGGACCAGCUACACCACCUCCACCAUCAGCCGACACAGUGUGGACCAGAGCCGGCCCGGAGCCUUCGACCGCGAGACCGUGGUCACCAUGUCUGGCGAGGAUCACCCUCGCGCCUUUGUCCUCGACGAGUGCCUCAACCUGAUGUUCUGGACGAACUGGAAUGAGCAGUACCCUAGCAUUAUGAGAGCCACACUCAGUGGCGCCAGUGUAUCAGUCAUCAUUGGCACGGACAUCCGCACCCCCAAUGGCCUCGCCAUUGACCACCCAUCUGAGAAACUCUACUUCUCUGAUGCUACACUUGACAAGAUUGAGCGAUGCGAGUAUGACGGCUCCAAUAGGAAGGUGAUCCUGAAGUCUGAACCGGUCCAUUCCUUCGGCCUGGCAGUGUAUGGCAAUUUCAUCUUCUGGACAGACUGGGUGCGCAGAGCAGUGCUGCGUGCUGACAAGUACACUGGUGGAGAUCUCCGUGUCCUGAGGGCAGACAUCCCCCAGCAACCCAUGGGAAUUGUCGCUGUGGCAAAUGACACCAACAACUGCAACCUGUCACCGUGUAAGGUCUUCAACGGAGGCUGCCAGGAUCUGUGCCUUCUCACGGCAGAGGGACGGGUCAAGUGUGCUUGCCGUGGUGAUCGGACCCUCUUGAAUGACUUCACUUGCAGUGCUCCCAAUUCCAGUUGCAACCUCUACAGCGAGUUUGAGUGUGGUAAUGGGGACUGUGUCAACUACAUUCUAACCUGCGAUGGAGUGGCUCAUUGCAAGGACAGAUCUGACGAGAAGCCAUCGUUCUGCAGCAACCGCAAGUGUAAGAAGGGCUACAGGCGCUGCUUGAAUGGACGGUGUGUCCCUGUUGGAAACUGGUGCAAUGGUGUGGACGAGUGUGGUGAUAAUUCUGACGAAGCCUUCUGCAACAAGACGACGUGCACGUUGGAAGAAUUGCGGUGCCGAGACGGAACCUGUGUGGGAAACUCAACCCGGUGUAACCAGGUUGUAGACUGUCCUGAUGCCUCGGACGAGAUGAACUGCUCGACAGUCACAGACUGUGUUCACUACUUCAAACUUGGGGUGAAGGCUGACUCGUUCAUCAAGUGCCCAGCCACCACCCUCUGCUACCUGCCUGCCUGGAAAUGUGACGGCUCGAACGACUGUGGGGAUUACUCAGAUGAGCAAAACUGCCCAGACCCGCGGAGUUCCAAGUGUAACACCAAUUACUAUGGUUGUCAGAGUGGCCGCUGCAUUCCCUCCAGCUGGGUCUGUGACAUGGAGCAGGACUGCGAGAAGGGAGAGGAUGAGACUCAAUGUAAUAAGUUCUGCCGCUAUUCUGAAUUUGAAUGCAAUAAUCACCGGUGCAUCACCAGCCGUUGGGUCUGUGACGGUGCAGAUGAUUGUGGCGAUGGUUCAGACGAAGAUGAACGUUGUGCGAUGGCCACGUGUGGACCGGAUUCGAUUAAAUGCUUGGGAUCCCACAUGUGUGUUCCAGCUGCUUGGAAAUGCGAUGGGGACAAGGACUGUCCGGAUGGUGCAGAUGAGAGUGUGACGGCUGGCUGUGUCUACAACGACACGUGUGAUGAGGGAGAGUUCAUGUGUCAGAACAGGCACUGCAUACCCAAACAUUUUGUCUGUGACCAUGACAAUGACUGUGGCGACGGCUCAGAUGAGUCUCCUGAGUGUGAGUAUCAGACUUGUGGUCCCACUGAGUUCAGGUGUGCCAACGGCCGGUGCCUCAUCAAUAGUCACUGGGAGUGCGAUGGGGAAUUCGACUGCCACGAUCUGUCAGAUGAGGCGCCCAGGAACCCACAUUGCACAGGCUCUGAGAAAAAAUGCAACGAGUCGUUCUUCCUAUGCAACAACGGGAUCUGCGUCAACGAGACCUACCUGUGUGAUGGCAGCAAUGACUGCAGUGACGGCUCUGAUGAACUGAACUGCUUCAUUGAUGAGUGUCUGAACAGGGAAUUGAGCGGCUGCUCCCAGGAGUGCGAGGACUUGAAGAUUGGGUUCAAAUGCAGGUGUCGGCCAGGGUUCAGACUGAAAGAUGACGGGAAAACUUGCGUGGACCUGGAUGAGUGCUCCACCACUUACCCCUGCAGCCAGUAUUGCAUCAACUCAUAUGGUAGCUACCGUUGUGCCUGUGCAGAGGGGUACACCCAGCAGACCCUGGACCCCACUGGUUGCAAGGCCAAUUCAGCCAAUGAAGCUUUCCUGAUAUUUGCAAAUCGAUAUUACUUACGCAAGCUUAACCUGGAUGGUUCAAACUAUUCUCUGCUUAAGCAGGGCCUCAACAACGCAGUGGCUUUGGACUUCAAUUACAGGGAGCAGCACGUGUACUGGACGGAUGUCACCACACAAGGCAGCAUGAUCCGCAGGAUGCAUCUGAAUGGCAGCAAUGUGGAGGUGCUGCACAGGACGGGACUCAGUAACCCAGACGGACUGGCUGUGGACUGGGUGGGUGAGAACCUGUACUGGUGCGACAAGGGCAGGGACACCAUUGAGCUCUCCAAACUGAAUGGAGCCUACCGCUCUGUGCUGGUCAACACUGGGCUAAGGGAGCCUCGGGCUCUAGCUGUUGACGUCAGAAAUGGCUACCUGUACUGGUCAGAUUGGGGCGACCACCCGCACAUCGGCAGGAUUGGCAUGGACGGCUCCAACAGAAGCGUGGUGGUGGAUACCAAGAUCACCUGGCCCAACGGCCUCACACUCGACUACGUCAAUGACCGAAUCUACUGGGCUGAUGCACGUGAGGACUACAUUCAGUUUGCGGACCUUGAUGGUGCCAACAGACACAUAGUUCUGGACCAUGACAUCCCUCACAUCUUCGCCCUGACCCUCUUCGAGGAUUUCAUCUACUGGACAGACUGGGAGACCAAGUCUGUCAACCGCGCCCACAAGAGCACGGGGAGCAACAAGACACUUUUGAUCAGCACACUCCACCGUCCCAUGGACAUUCACAUCUAUCAUCCCUACAGACAGCCUGAAGUUCCCAAUCACCCCUGCAGGAAAGACAACGGGGGCUGCAGCAACCUCUGCCUGCUGUCCCCAGGCGGUGGAUAUCGGUGUGCCUGUCCCACCAAUUUCUACCUGGCUGCAGAUGGCAAAACCUGCCUCUCCAACUGCACCGCAAGUCAGUUUGUGUGCAAGAACGACAAGUGUAUUCCUUUCUGGUGGAAAUGUGACACAGAGGAUGACUGCGGCGAUCGCUCAGAUGAGCCAGAAGAUUGCCCUGAGUUCAAGUGCCGACCUGGACAGUUUCAAUGUGGUACCGGUCACUGCACCAACCCAGCCUUCAUCUGUGACGGUGACAAUGACUGUCAGGACAGCUCUGAUGAGGCCAACUGUGAGAUCCACGUUUGCCUGCCCAGCCAGUUCAAGUGCUCCACUGCCAACCGCUGCAUCCCCGCCAUCUUCCGCUGCAAUGGCCAGGACAACUGCGGGGACGGCGAGGACGAGAGAGACUGCCCGGAGGUGACCUGUGCGCCAAACCAGUUCCAGUGUGCCACCACCAAGAGGUGCAUCCCACGGGUGUGGGUCUGUGACCGAGACAAUGACUGCAUGGACCACUCAGAUGAGCCUGCCAACUGCACCCAGAUGACGUGUGGGGUGGAUGAAUUCCGCUGCAAGGAUUCCGGCCGCUGCAUACCAGCUCGCUGGAAAUGUGAUGGGGAGGAUGACUGCGGUGAUGGAUCUGAUGAGCCCAAGGAAGAGUGUGACGAACGGACCUGUGAACCCUACCAGUUCCGCUGCCGGAAUAACCGUUGCGUGCCGGGCCGCUGGCAAUGUGACUACGACAACGACUGUGGUGACAACUCAGACGAGGAGGGCUGCACUCCUCGUGCAUGCUCAGAGAGUGAGUUCGCCUGUGCCAACGGGCGCUGCAUUGCUGGGCGCUGGAAAUGCGAUGGAGACCACGACUGUGCAGAUGGCUCUGACGAGAAAGACUGUGUGGUGCGCUGUGAGGCUGACCAGUUCCAGUGUCGCAAUGGUCACUGCAUCCCCCACCGUUGGCACUGUGAUAAUGACGCUGACUGCAUGGAUGGAAGUGAUGAGGACAACUGCGGCUCAGUGGUAAGGACCUGCCCUCUGGAUGAGUUUCAGUGUAACAACACUCUCUGCAAACCGCUGGCUUGGCGAUGUGAUGGGGAAGAUGAUUGUGGGGACAAUUCAGAUGAGAACCAGGCUGAGUGCUUGAAGUUCCAGUGCCCACCAAACAGACCGUUCCGGUGCAAGAAUGACCGGGUGUGUCUUUGGAUUGGUCGCAGAUGUGAUGGAGUGGACAACUGUGGAGACCACACAGACGAAGAUGACUGUGAGAAACCGACCAGCAAGCCCAGGGCCUGUGAGAAGGGGCAGUUCACCUGUUCCAACGGCAAGUGUAUCAGUCAGCGGCUCGUCUGCAACAACUGGGAGGACUGUGGCGACGGAGGAAGUGACGAGCAAGAGUGCUCCAAGAGUCCACAGUGCAGGGUGAACAAGGGGAUCUGUGGAGACAACGCAGAGUGCAAGGAGAACAAGAGGACAUCGUACUGCGUCUGUCGGCCUGGCUUUAAUUACAACCACGAUCAGCGCCAAUGUGAAGAUAACAACGAGUGCCUGCAGUUCGGAGUGUGUUCCCAGUACUGCAACAAUACCAAGGGCUCUUACAUGUGCACCUGUUCGAAGAACUACGUGAAGGGACACAACCACACCUGUAAGGCAGAAGGCUCGGAACAGCAGAUCCUGUACAUUGCAGAUGACAACGAGAUCCGCAGCCUGUAUCCAUUCAACCCCAACUCAGCCUACGAGCAGGCGUUUCAGGGCGACGAGUCAGUGCGGAUAGACGCUAUGGACGCCCAUGUCAAGGCUAAUGUCAUCUACUGGACCAACUGGCACACGGGCAAGAUCUCAUACCGGGAUCUGUCUGCCACUUCUGCUUCUAAUCGCAACCGUAGACAGCUGGACACUGGCGUGGUAGACCUCAAUAUUCCUGGGCUGAAGAUGCCCCGAGGCAUCGCAGUGGACUGGGUAGCAGAGAACAUCUACUGGACGGAUUCUGGGCGAGAUGUUAUUGAGGUGGCCCAGAUCCACGGUGAAAACCGCAAGACGCUGAUCUCCGGGAUGAUCGAUGAGCCUCAUGCUGUGGUUGUGGACCCACUACGGGGCACUAUGUACUGGUCAGAUUGGGGUAAUCACCCUAAGAUCGAGAAGGCAUCGAUGGACGGAACCCUGAGGCGGACCCUUGUGGAGAACAGCCUGCAGUGGCCCACAGGACUGGCUGUUGAUUUCUUCAACCAGCGGCUGUACUGGGCUGAUGCUAAGCUCUCAGUCAUUGGCAGUGUGCGCCUCGACGGAAGUGACCCAGUGGUGGCCAUCGACAGCAAGCAAGGUCUGAGCCACCCGUUCAGCAUUGACAUCUUCGAGGACUACAUCUACGGUGUGACUUACAUCAACAACCGUAUCUUCAAGGUGCACAAGUUUGGUCGGGACCGGGCACAGACCCUCACCUCUGGGCUCAACCAUGCUACCGACGUCGUGCUGUUUCACCAGUACAAGCAGCAGGAUGUGACAAACCCUUGCGACCGGAAGAAGUGUGAGUGGCUGUGUCUGCUGAAUCCCACCGGGGCCACCUGCACCUGCCCUAAUGGACGAGGGAUGGUCAACGGGACCUGCGUGGAGACCUCCUCCCCCACCACUUCCCCCAACAGUGAGAGCUUCUCCCUCUUCUUCCUGCUCUUUGGCACUGUGUGUAUGUAUGUGUGUAAAAUGGCGGGAGCAAAUAACAGAAAUGGAGAAGGGUGUAGGGGCUGGAGGGAGAUACAAAAUCAGGUGAAGAGCAGGGAGGGAGGUCACAGAGAUGGGGAGGAAGACAGUCACAGAUAGGGAAAGGCGUAGGGG